AGGCCGUCCAGUCGGGUCGGGUCUACACAACAUUUUCAAAAAGAUGAGAAUCUGGGAUCAUGAAUAUUAUAUUAUUGGCAAAUAAGAAAUAGAACCGUUACCCCGUGGCCGUGGUUAUAGUUUAUAUUUUGCAACGGCUAGUUUUUUAAUCAUCUCUUUUCUCUUUACCAUUUACAAAAUCUUCUCUUUCUCGCCUGCAACAUUCUUACAGUGGGAUUAUUCGUUUUCUCUCUUCAAUCAUUGCCGAAUCCUUGCAAUUGCAGGUUUUGAGGAUUGGAAACAAAUAUUUCCUGUUUCUGCAUCCCAGGGGAGAUUAGAAAGGGGAAAAAAAAAUAGAGAGAGAAAGAUGGGCGACCAAACCGGUGGAGCUGCAGCCGACACGGCGUCGGCGCCACCAGCUCCGCCGCUUCCACACCGCCGUCCAAGAGUGAGAGAAGUCAGUUCUCGGUUCAUGUCGCCUUUAGUCCAAUCCAAUUCAACCCCAGCCCCGACUCCUCACCCUUCCGAUUUUCCACGCACCAAAUCCGUACACCGCCGCCAUCCCUCUAAAACCGACGAGAAUUUUAACCCGGAGCCAAACCGCGGCAGCCUAGACAAACUGUCUGCGGCCAUCUCAACGAUACAGAGAAAACAGCAUCAGCAACAGCAACGAGUGAAUUCAAAAGAUCACCAUCAGUCUGAGGUAAGGGUUUCGUCGAGACCGGACACGCCGAUAGCAACCGGCACGGAUAGAAUUGUUCCGUCCAGAUUCAGGCAAAGCGUCCACCGUUCAAAUUCGCUGAGUAGUAGCAAUAACGGAUGCUCCGCCGUUACUGCCGCCGCGAGGCUGCUGCAGGAGGCCACAUCCGAUGUAGAGAAUAAGCUGUCUAGGAUUUCGACAUCCAGCGUCGAUGAUUCGGAUUCCUGCAGUGCCACCACUUCGAAUCAGGGGAGUUCCUCGUGCCCUAACUCGCCGCUCUGCGUGCCGGUUACCAAGCUGCGGAGCGCAACAGACGUGCGGUCUUCCAUGCCGGAUGUGGACAAAUGGCUCACAGAUAGGAAUUUCGAGAAUUCCGGCAAGGAUUGUGCACGAUCGCUGAACUUUUCGUCUUUCUCGAAGAUCGGCGGCGGAGGUGUUUCACGGCCUCCGCAUCCGUCGUCGUGUAUUAGAUCUGCAAUAGAUUCGAGGAAAGGAAGGAAGGCGUCUAAUCAUCAGGAUGAAGUGCAUUCUCUCAAGAUGAUGAGUAACCAUUAUCUGCAAUGGCGACUUGCAAAUGCAAAGGCCGAAGCUUCCAUUCAAGCUCAGAAGCAGGAAACUGAGAGAAAAUUCUCUUCACUCCAAGGCAAUAUUUCGGAUUUACGCGAUAUUGUAAAGAAGAAACGCAUUCAACUUGCAGUACUGCGAGGAAUUAAGACUUUGACUACAGUAGUUGAAGCUCAAGUGCCAUAUCUAGAGGAGUGGUCUACUCUGGAAGAGGAUUACUCGAGUUCUCUAUCAGGUGCAGCAAAUGCAUUGCUGAGUUCCUCAGUUAGACUUCCAGUCAGUGGUGAUGUGCGGGCUGAUGUUGGGGAGCUAGAGGAAGCUCUAAGCUCAGCUUCCAAGGUGGUUGAGUCCAUAGGUUCUCAUAUUCAGAGAUUUAUCCACAAGGCUGAAGGAAUUGAUAAUUUAGUUUCUGAAGUAGCUAGGAUGGUAGGUGGAGAAAAAGCUCUAACUGAGGAGUGUGGAUAUCUGCUCUCCAAGACUUGCUCAUCGCAGGUGAAUGAGUGCAGCCUAAGGGGAGCUCUGAUGCAAUUGAAUGACUGCAAAAAUCGUCGAUCCCAUAAGAGUGAAGAAUUAGUUUCUUCAUAAAAAUUUCAUCUUCUUCCAUGAGGUCAGGAAAAAUCACUCAAUAAUAGUAUAUUCUGUAUUAUUUUUUGUAUUCUUUUACCCCUAGAUAAGUCUGUGUAAAUGUACUCACAUCUUUAUAUGGAAGAAUGAAAUUUUGCACCCUUGCAAAAUCA